AUGAAUGAGCCACGAAAUUCACCAAGAUCUCGCCUGUAUAGACUUUUAAAGCGGGAAGUUAGGGAAGAUGGUCUUUUGGACCCUAGAGAAGAAAAUGAGCGGAGAGCUCCAUCUGACCCGUACUCUAGGAUGAUGGCCAGUCUAGAGACGGUUUUCUGGGUAGCAAUGGCUGCAGUUGCCAUCUACUACACUGACUUUUUUCGAACAGCUUUGACAAACCCGGCAGUAAACGUCUAUUGGUUUCGAGGAGGACUGUUGCUAGUUGCUAUUAACAUGACAAUUGGAGUUUAUUUAGUAUGUUUUGUUGGCUAUUGGAAGCAAAUUGAUGUCAGUGAGUGGGAAGAACUGAUUCCUUGGGCAGUUCCAGUAGCAACUGCUUCAGGAAGUCUAAGUGCAGUCAGCUUGACUGUUGGCUUGUGGCCUGUUUGGGGUUUUCUAACACCACUGUUACUGUUUGUCAUUAUCAUGGGUGGAAUGUUCGUGUUGUCAGCAAUACCAUUGAAAGUACUAAACAGAAAGGAUGGCAAAGGAAGCAAAGCAGACUGAGGACAUUUUCUGCUAAAUGCCAUUGUUGCACAUUUCCUAAAAAGAUGAAAGAGUUCUUCUCAAAUAACAUUCAGUACAUACUGCAUUGUCUAAUGUAAUUGCAAAUUUGUAGCUGGACAUGGCGCAAAGUUUAUAGAAUGUCUCUGUGUUGUAAACCUUAAUUAUACACAGCUGGUUACCAAACGGCACCCUCGUGAGCGUGCGCAGUAGCUCAUAUGCCUCAGCACAGCAGCAUGCAGCAAGCGGGGCAACAUGAGCCAGUCAUUCUCGAAAUAGACUUGAGUUAGCAGCAAGACCGGCUGAGCACUUGAUAAGGACGCAGUUGUGACAUCUGUCGACGAGGAUGAUGGUACU